AUGGAGCAAGAUAUUAUCGUUAUUGUCAGCGAUGAGGAGGAUGACUGUACCAUAGCGACUUUAAACGAUUCCUCCGUGUUGAUCGUUGAAGAAUGUUUGAAGAACAGAGAGGUCAACGAUAGUAACGAGAUUGUGGACGAAGACUUGGCGGUGACAUACACCAAAAAGGCCACUGUGAUGCCACAUGCCAGAUAUGACUGCACCGCCCAUCCUUUCAGCCCAACAGAAAAUGACACCAGUAAUCCAGUUGAAAAUAACAAGGCUUUCUGUGAGCAGUGUUUCUGUUACAUCUGUGAUAAAUUGGCAUCAGAGUGUAAAUUGUGGAGCACCUCUGGAAUCUGUCACUGCAAUGCCCAUAAACGGAGCAUGUUCUGGAAGGACCAGAGAGACAAGAAAAUCCUUGGAUACCUUCAUAUUUUUAAUUUUGAUCUGCUGGAGGUAGAUGCAGAGCUGAGACUUGCUGAGAGCCUCCUGCUGAAGUUUGAAGAGGACUUGGCGGUGGAGUAUGGCACAUAUCUGGAGGGUGUGGAAGCAUCAUUCUAUUCCAAAGUGUAUAACUUAGUGUCAGCGUUCCUGGACAGGGCCGAAAAAGAGAAGCCAAAAACAGCUGCAGUGAUGCUGCUUGGAGCUGCCAGACAUUUUGUUGUUCACAAACAGCCAACGGGGGUGACAAACACUCUGAAGACGUUGAUGGUUGUUGGUGAUUUUAGUGCCGUUUUCUCAAAGAAACUGCAAGCCUUCUUUCAGUCACUCACAUUGCCCGUGAAGUGCAGAUGGAUGAGUAAUGGUUUGAAUGUGCUCCACUGGGAUGAUCCUUUACUGGUGGCUGUGUUAAGAGGGCAGAAUGUCAGAGGAGAACGAAUCCUCAGAGGGAAGAAAGAGAUCCUGUUUGAACCAUUGGUUGUGGUACAAGCACGGGUGGAGAAACUCAAGGAACAAAACAGGUACAGGGAGCUGGUACGGUAUCUCAAGGUUGUGAGAAGCGAUAAUAAAACACAUUUACAGACCAUGAGAGAUCACAUCCCUUUUUACUUGUGCAAGGCUGGGGACUACAUUGCAGCUCUUGCAAGUUUUUUCAGUCCAACACCUGAGAUGUGCUGCAGUGCCUGUCGACUGUCUCCCAACCAGUUUGUUGUGUACCUGAAGAUUCUGACUACAGGGAAAAUGCCAGCUGGAAAAGACCCCUUUCUGUCAACAGAGUGGCAGAAUGUCAAAGAUGCCCAACUUCCAAAGAAGACUGAGGUCAUAAAGGGGAGUUUGAGAAUUUUGAAUUGCAACACAGCAGUGUUUAUGGAUUCAGAGUCCUGGGUGAGCCUGAUCAGUGCGGCGAGUUCUGCAGUGCUGGGUCCAGAUGGCUCUCUGACCUGUGCUUCAUACCCAGUGCCUGACAUUGAGUUUCAGAUGAGGACAAGGGACAUUGCAAUAGCCAUUCUCCUUGAGAUGCAGACGGAAUCGCAUAUCCAAAUUCCGAAAGCGUUUCAGAAUCGGUUUCCAGACCAGGCUCUCCUGUUGCUGGUCACACAGGCCCUGGCACAGAGACUUCUCCAAAGUGGCAUGAUCAAUAUCCUCAACAUCGUCAUGGCUUACAGAGCAAAUUCAUGGGCACUGAAGUGGUUCCUUCAUAGUCUCAGUGCAAGACCUGACGUGCUGCAGGCGUUCCUUAGUGGGCUUAUGGAAGAUCUCUACAGGGAACAGCAUGUACACCCCUACAGAAAAAGGGACGUGGUGGAGCACACCUUCAUCGCAGACUUCUUUUUUUACUACCUCCUGGAUAGCCGUCCGCUUUUGUUCCCAGUUAACCAUCUGGUUCUAGAUGGCCUUUUGAAUCACUGGAAUGAGUAA